GAACCUGGGGCGCGAAGCGCUUUUCCUUUGUGUUCCAGGCCUGGCCAGCGGCGCGGGAAUCACUUCCGGGUCGCGCCGCCGGAAGCAGGAAGUGGUGGCCCAUCCUCCUCGCCCGGCGGCUGGUGUCCCCGAGGCGGGAGGAGCCCGAGAGGGCGCGGGCCCGCAUAUUUCAGAAAGGAACGUGGCUUGGCGUACUGACCCGAGUAAAAGAACUGUUUGCAAUCGUCUGUCAGUACAAGAAAAAUCACCUGCCUGGUGUUUCAUCGCAUUUUAAGACUUAGAACCUUGCAGGCCACAUGUCGGAGGAGACGGAGAGCCAGCAUUACAGCUCCGGAGGGAAGAGAUGGUGUGAACAGGAGCAGGCAAGGCUCGAGGAGAGGGAGGGUUAAACCACUGUUAAGGAAUCAAGCUCAGCCUUCUGAACUUCCCUCCGCGGCAAAGCACCCUUCUGCCAGGCUGGACCCUCUUUCCGGAGGGAUUUCAUUUUGGAAGACAUGGACCUUGCUGCUAAUGAGAUCAGCAUCUAUGACAAACUCUCAGAGACUGUUGAUCUGGUGAGACAGACAGGCCACCAGUGUGGGAUGUCCGAGAAGGCAAUUGAAAAAUUUAUCAGACAGCUACUGGAAAAGAAUGAACCUCAAAGGGGACCGCCCCAGUACCCUCUCCUCAUAGCCGUGUAUAAGGUCCUCCUAACUCUGGGAUUACUCUUGUUCACUGCCUACUUUGUAAUUCAGCCUUUUAGCUCCUUAGCACCCGAGCCAGUGCUUUCUGGAGCUCACACCUGGCGCUCACUCAUUCAUCACAUUCGGCUGGUGUCCCUGCCCAUUACCAAGAAGUACAUGCCAGAGAAUAAGGGCGUUCCUCCGCAAGGAAGACAGGAGGACAAGCCCUUCCCAGACUUUGACCCCUGGUCAUCAAAUAAUUGUGAGCAGAAUGAGUCAGAGUCCAUCCCUGCCAACUGCACUGGCUGUGCCCAGAUAUUACCCCUCAAGGUCAUGCUCCCAGAAGAUACUCCGAAGAAUUUUGAGAGACUCCGUCCUCUGGUAAUCAAGACAGGACAGCCUUUGUUGUCUGUGGAGAUGCAGAGUUUCUCAUGUCAGUACCCUGAAGUCACAGAGGGCUUCACCGAGGGCUUUCUCACCAAGUGGUGGCGCUGCUUUCCCGAGAGGUGGUUCCCAUUUCCUUACCCAUGGAGAAGACCUCUAAACAGAUCACAGAUUUUACGGGAACUUUUCCCUGUUUUUACCCAGCUUCCAUUUCCAAAAGACUCCUCCUUAAACAAGUGCUUCCUGAUCCAGCCGGAACCUGUGGUGGGUAGCAAGAUGCAUAAGGUGCAUGAGCUGUUUACCGUUGGCAGUGGGGAAGCCAUGCUGCAUCUCACCCCUCCCUUCCAGUGCCGAAGACACUGUCAGUCCGUGGCCAUGCCGAUAGAGUCUGGGGAUGUUGGCUAUGCCGGUGCUGCCCACUGGAAGGUCCACAUUGUAGCCAGAGGGGUCCAGCCUUUGGUCAUCUGCGACGGAACCACUCUCUCAGAACUGUAGGAGACAACUGCUUGGAGUCCUGAAAGCCGGGCUGAAAAGAGUGCGGAGCGGGGAAUAAAAACACUGAAACACUC